CUGUGUAAGAUGUCAAAUUGUCAUAUUAGCCAUCAAAUUAAAAUUUGAUGUUUAAUAUUUGACAUCUCCCUUGAAGUGGUGAGGGGUAAGAUAAUAGGGUGUGGGGUGUGGGGUUGAUGAGUUUUUUAAUAUUAUUUUUUUCUGCUGGGUGUGUAUUUAGGGGUAGUUUGGAAAGAUAGUGAGAUUUUUUUAUAGAUUGAGAAAAUUUUGAAUUAGAAGUUGGAUUUAACUUAGAUAUAAGGUGAACAAAGAAAUGUGUGGGGUUUAAAUAUAAAAACUAUUCCUUUAUCUAAAACCUGUCAAAUUUAAAUUAGGUAACAGUGAUUCGGGUUAUACCCAAAUGCAUAAGCGCACCUUCAUUUCUGCACUUUGCCCCAAAUUAGGGUUUUUGAUCUCUCACUCUCACUCUUUGAGUUACACAUAAACCACGCUGAGAGCCCCCCGUAGCCGAGAGAAAGAUGUGGAGGUCUGUUGUGACAGCAAGAGCUUCUCUUUCGACACAGGCGGCACAGAAGUUGUGUGCAACUCGAAACCAUAAGGUGCUUUCCUCUAAAACCCUAACACUAGUUGAUCAAUCUCCUCAUUUUCCGACCAGAUUAUCUCUCUGCCAAACCCGUAGGUUCCUUUCUCAGCUCUCAGAAAACCCUAGUGAUUCUGAUUCAGCUGAAGGACAACAGCUAUCAGUGGACUUUGGUGAAAAUGGUGAUACACAUAGGGAAAAUCUUACCCCUGGGAAUGGGCUUGUUGGAGAGGAAAAGGGUGAUACUCAGAUGAACAUGUUUUCCCCCCCUGCUGUAGAGUUGGGGGAAGUGGAAGAGGUUUAUGAGAUUGAUUUGGAGCAGUUGGAGAGUUUAUUGUCUCUUCUUCAGAGCAGUGCUGAUGGGUGUCUUGAGUCUAGUUUUGAUGGUUUAAAUUUGACUUUACAUCCAGAGUUUGUGAUUAAAGUAGUUGAAACCCCACUUGUUUUGGGUGAGAAUUUGAUUAGGUUUUUCAAGUGGGCGUUGAAGGAGAAACCCGAGUUUGGUGUCACUACGCACAUACUGGAUGCACUUGUUCGAGCGACAUGUAGUGGCCUCGUUAGGAAGAGAGAUGUGUAUUAUUUGUGGGAUUUAGUUAAGGAGGUUGGUGAGAAGGAGAACACUGUGGUGCAUGUGGAAAUUCUCAACGCAUUGAUAUCUUCAUUCUCAAAAUUGGGUAAAGGGAAAGCUGCUUUGGAGGUGUUCAACAAGUUUGGUGAUUUUGGAUGUGUCCCAAAUGCAGAUACAUAUUACUUUACAAUUGAAGCACUUUGCAGGCGUUCAAUUUUUGGUUGGGCUCAGUCUGUUUGUGAGAAGAUGCUUGAUGCGGGAAUCUUGCCUGACGGUGAGAAAGUUGGUAGGAUCAUAUCCUGGUUUUGCAAGGGUAAAAAAGCUAAAGAUGCCCAUUUGGUUUAUUCCUCGGCGGCGAAUGUGAAGAAGCAGUACCUGCCUCCCGCUUCGGUUUAUUUUUUGAUCAGUUCACUCUGUAGGGAGGAUGAAACCGUUAAAUUAGCUCUAGAUAUGUUAGAUGAUUUUGCUGGUGAAGCACGGAAAUAUGCGAUUAAGCCCUUUUCAGCUGUUGUUCGAGGUUUGUGUAGGACAAAGGAUGUCGAUGGGGCCAAAAAAUUGCUUCUUGAGAUGACAAUGAAGGGCCCACCUCCAGGAAAUGCAGUUUUCAAUAUGGUAAUCAAUUGCUAUUGUAAGGCUGGGGAUAUGGGAGAGGCAAUUGAGAUGAUGAAUCUAAUGAAGAGUAGGGGGUUGAAACCAGAUGUGUAUACUUACACUGUUAUCAUGAGUGGUUAUACAAAUGGAGGUCAGAUGGAGGAGGCUUGUAAAAUAUUAUCCGAAGCCAAAAACAAGCACCCCAAAUUGAGUCCUGUGACUUACCAUACACUCAUCCGUGGGUAUUGCAAACUGGAAGAGUUCGAUAAGGGUUUAAAGUUGUUGCGCGAGAUGAAAGAUUCUGGGGUCCAACCUAAUGUUGAUGAGUACAAUAAGUUGAUCCAAUCUCUUUGCCUCAAGGCCUUGGAUUGGGAAACAGCAGAAAAACUACUUGAAGAAAUGAAGGAUAAUGGGUUGCAUCUCAAUGGGAUUACUCGGGGUCUUAUAAAAGCUGUGAAGGAACUGAAGGAGGAGAAAAUAGAGACUGAGAAUGUAGUUGCAGAAGCCUAAAAUGGUCAUCUGGUUUUUGGUAUGUGGAUGUUAUGAUGAAGACUGGGGAAAUAAAGUGAAGCUUUGCGGUUUAUUUUGUUCAUGGUGAUAGUUAUGCAUCUCCUCUUGUCAAUCAUAUACAAAAGGAAGAUUGGUGUUUUUCAAUCUUUUCUUGCCUUUUUCCCUUGGACUUGUAUGCUACAACCUUCAGAGCUAAGCCAGAGGUAUGCGCCUUAAAAGUCAGGACUGGGUCCUCUGCUUGCAACAUGCAAUUUUUGAAGCCUUAAUUUUCUUUUGGGGUUUGUCCAUUUGCUACAUCUUGAUAUCAGUGGGUUUUUGAUAUUUUAGCGUUUAUCUUCCUUUUAAAAAAAAUGAAAUUUAUACCCUUUUUUUUUCUCCCUUUUUUAAAGAAUUUGAUGUGAUUUUUUGUUCUUAAACACUAUUUGAAGGUUAAUAUUACUUUCUAAGAUGCAGUUAAAGCUCAGAGGCAUUGUUGGA